AUGACAGACGAUGACUUCUAUCUAAAAGCAUUAACACUCGCGUAUGAUUCCGAAUUACCACCAGAAUGUGCCUUAAAAAUAGCAGAAAUGCUCAACAACCUGUAUUAUAGCCAAGAAGAUGUGUGUACAGAUGAAACUUUGGGAGUUUUGUACUCAUUUAAUGAUGAAAUCUCAGAAGAUUUUAAUGAUUCUUUGAACCCAAACUUCGAUGUGUUAAUAAAUAAUAUAGAUACUAAUUAUAAUUUCAACCCUUAUGUAAGUAUAUACGACAAUUCAAGACUACUUCAAGAAGAGGGGUCUGAAUCAAAGGUUAAAAGAAGAUUAUACAUGGAUAACUUCUUUGAAGGUGAUUCCUACGUUUCAAAUAUUCCACUCACUAAUGUGACAAGAAGGUAUUUGAUAAACACAAUUAAUGAAAAUAUUUUCGAGAGGUCAAAAAUCGCAAAUACUAAAUCAGAGCCUCCUAAAAAGUCUGAACCGGGACCUAUUUUGAAAAAACCUGAACCAAAGGAUAAAAUUGUACCUGAUGAGCCCAAGUUACAGAAGUCUGCGGAUGAUUAUAGGAAUUUGAACAAUUAUCAUCCGAAAGUACAAACUAAUAGUUCCACAAGUGAAAAAAAUUAUUCGAACAUCGUGAACAAUGCACCUUACGUCAAGCCUAAGUCAAUUAACAAAUUUAAUGCCAAUAAUAAGGUUGAAAAGAACGUCGGCUUCAAGUCAGGCCUUGAGUAUCUUAAUUCCCAAAUUAAGGAAGGUAACGCAAAACCUAUGGAAGAAAUCGAUCUAACGAAAUCUAAUGUUUCAGAUUACAAAAAUCUUGCAAGAAAUCAGUUGAAUGACCAAUACGCGAAACAAAAUUCUUAUCCCGGCUACAAUUUGGGUAAUUAUAACAAUUAUAAGCCACGCCAAGGCAUGAACAACAAAGUUGAUGGACCUCAUUUGGAUCCAAAAUAUCUGCCGCUUGUUACGGGAGAUGUGACACCCGAAAUGAUUAGCAUGGCCUUGGAUAUGAAAGUGUUGGAAUGCCAAAAAAUAACAAAGGACGAUAUCGUAGGACUAGACGACGUUAAAAAGGUGGUCAUUGAUAAAAUAGUUAAUCCAAUUUUAAUGCCGAACCUUCAUAUUGGUUUAUUUAAGGCACCUAAAGGCAUUUUAUUAUUCGGUCCUCCUGGAACUGGAAAGACCACCAUCGCAAAAUGGAUUGCAAAUGUAUCCAACGCUACAUUUUUUGAGAUAUCACCCAGUUCCAUAACUAGCAAAUUUUACGGGGAAUCUGAAUCCAUAAUAAAGACGCUUUUCAAGGUUGCUUUGGUUGAUUCCCCCUCCUUGAUAUUCAUAGACGAGGUUGACGCUGUCUUGGGGAAGAGAAAAUCAACAGACGACGAUUCUAGCGUUAGAAUGAAAAACCAACUUCUUCAGAUGAUGGAUGGCAUAAACUCUGGCAGUUUAUCUGUGGACAAGGAAUCAGGUGAGGAAAGGGUUGUCAUAGUUAUAGGAGCAACUAACAGGCCUCAUAUGAUGGACUCCGCUGCUCUUAGAAGAUUUACAAAGAGAAUAUUGAUCCCUCCCCCCGACCAUGAGACCAGAAAAAAGUUUAUUAUAGACAUAAUCAACAAGCGUUCUAGCAAGAAAUGUCUUCUCAGUGAAGAGGAUUUAGAAAAGAUCUCUGUUUCAACUGAUGGUUGGACUGGUUGUGACCUUUUAACUCUAUGUUACAAAGCUGCUGAAUAUUGUUACGACGACACGAUUGACCUGUUUGGUGGAAUCGAAAACAUAAAAAGUUUCAACGACUUUAGGGGCGUUGAGAUGAAGGACAUUGAGCGCGCUUUGGAGUGCACUCGGCCCUCGACUGAUGAAGGUAUGGAAUUUUUCUUGGAUUGGAGUUCUAAGCACGGCUCUGUUUAA